CGGUCACUCGGUGGCUCACCACCAUCUUUUUCCAUCUUGGACUGGACUGUUUUUUAUUUUCAGUUAACAACCGAAUGAAAAUUCUGAACCAGAAGAGCACAACUCCAUCGUAGCCAUUUCCAAGCUCAUCUUCAAACUUUUCUUAUGUUCAAAUCUCCAAAACUUCCUAACCUAAUCGAAAUUCACUCAUAGUCCUUGGAUCUGCAGCUCCGCUUCGAUGGAUAUCCUCUUCGCUCAGAUCCAAGCCGACCUUCGCUCCAACGACGCCCUCCGUCAGACCGGAGCGCUCCUCCAAGCUCUGCAACAAUCAGCGGCCGGUCGCGACAUCUCCGUCAUCGCCAAGUCCGCCGUUGAGGAGAUCGUUGCCUCGCCUGCUUCCGCCGUCUGUAAGAAGCUCGCAUUUGACCUUAUUCGGUCAACGCGUCUCACCGCUGACCUUUGGGAUACUGUAUGCACUGGAAUCCGUAAUGAUUUCGAUUUCCCCGACCCUGACGUCACCGCCGCUGCUCUCUCCAUCCUCGCCGCCAUUCCUUCUUAUCGUUUGUCGAAGCUCAUUACUGACUCGAACAAGGAGAUCAGCAAUUGCUUCGACUCGCCGAGUGACAACCUUCGAUUCUCCAUUACCGAGACAUUGGGUUGCAUCCUCGCACGUGAUGAUCUCGUGACGCUCUGCGAGAACAAUGUCAAUUUGCUCGAUAAAGUCUCCAACUGGUGGUCUCGUAUCGGACAGAAUAUGCUUGAUCGAUCCGACGCUGUUUCGAAGGUGGCGUUUGAAUCGGUGGGGAGGUUGUUUCAAGAGUUCGAUUCGAAGCGGAUGAGUAGAUUGGCCGGUGACAAGUUGGUGGAUAGCGAGAACUCGCUUGCUAUUAGGUCUAAUUGGGUAUCGUCAAUGGUGGACUUCGUUUGGAAGAAGCGGAAUGCAUUGAUGGCGAGGUCACUAGUUAUGCCGGUGGAAAGUUUCAGGGCCACAGUGUUUCCGAUAGUGUAUGCUGUCAAGGCUGUUGCUUCGGGCUCAGUAGAGGUUAUCAGGAAGCUAUCGAAAUCCUCAGGUGGUACCAAUGGGACGACUGUGGAUUCCAAUGCGGAGAGGUUGGUUGGAGUUUCAGACGUGGUUUCGCAUUUGGUGCCAUUCUUGGCGUCGUCGUUGGAGCCGGCUUUGAUUUUCGAAGUGGGCAUUAACAUGUUGUACUUAGCUGAUGUGGCUGGGGGGAAACCCGAGUGGGCUUCGCAAUCCAUUAUUGCUAUUCUCACGCUCUGGGAUAGACAAGAGUUCUCUUCGGCAAGGGAAAGCAUUGUCAGGGCUGUUGUUACGAAUCUGCAUCUUCUAGAUCUUCAUAUGCAGAUUUCAUUGUUUAGGAGGCUGCUGCUGAUGGUAAGAAACUUAAGGGCAGAAUCAGACCGGAUGCAUGCUUUAGCAUGUAUUUGUCGGACGGCUCUUUGUGUUGAUCUGUUUGCAAAGGAAAGUGUGCGAAGAGGUCAGAAACCUCUGGCUGGAACUGACAUUGCAUCUCUUUUUGAGGAUGUUAGAAUAAGAGACGAUCUUAACAGUGUAACCAGUAAAAGCUUAUUUAGGGAGGAGUUGGUUGCGUCUUUGGUGGAAAGUUGUUUUCAGCUGUCUCUACCUUUGCCUGAACAAAAGAACACUGGUAUGGAAAGUAGGGUCAUUGGAGCUUUGGCAUAUGGAACUGGUUAUGGUGCAUUAAAUUGGACAGAGCCUUCUUUGGAAGUAGUAGAAGUUUGUCGGCCUUGUGUCAAAUGGGAUUGUGAAGGGCGAACUUAUGCACUUGAUUGCUACUUAAAGUUGCUUGUUAGGCUGUGCCAAAUCUAUGAUACUAGGGGAGGUGUUAAAAGAGUUAAAGAUGGGGCUUCUCAAGAUCAAAUUCUGAAUGAGACAAGGUUGCAAAACUUGCAGCGUGAGCUUGUGAAAGAUUUGCGUGAGAUUAAUACCGCAAGGAUAUGUGCCCGUGUUAUUUGGGCUGUUUCAGAACACAUAGAUCUAGAAGGGUUGGAUCCCCUUUUGGCUGAUGACCCUGAGGAUCCUCUGAAUAUUAUUAUAGCAAAUAUCCACAAGGUUUUAUUCAACGUGGAUUCAUCUGCAGAUACCACAAAUAGGCUACAGGAUGUUCAGGCGGUUCUUUUAUGUGCCCAGAGGUUGGGAUCACGCUAUGCAAGGGCUGGGCUCUUAUUGACUAAAGAACUUGAAGAGUUUAGGGGCAGUAACAUGGCUGAUUCUGUCAACAAGCAGCAGUGUCGUUUGAUACUUCAGAGAAUCAAAUAUGCUUCUAGCCAUUCAGAAAGCAAGUGGGCCGGGGUAAGUGAGGCCAGAGGUGAUUAUCCGUUUAGCCACCACAAAUUAACUGUUCAAUUUUAUGAAGCAGCUGCUGCUCAGGAUAGAAAGUUGGAAGGACUGGUUCACAAUGCUAUUGUAGAGCUUUGGAGGCCAGAUCCAAGUGAACUAGCUCUUUUGCUGACAAAGGGAGUUGACUCUACGCUACUUAAGGUCCCUCCUACUGCAGUUACUUUGACUGGUAGCAGUGAUCCCUGUUUUGUGGAAGCAUAUCAUUUAGCUGACUCUGGUGAUGGAAGGAUCACAUUGCAUUUGAAGGUCUUGAAUUUAACAGAGCUCGAACUGAACCGAGUGGAUAUUCGGGUUGGAUUAUCUGGUGCACUUUAUUUCAUGGAUGGGUCUCCUCAAGCAGUGCGGCAAUUGCGUAAUCUUGUGUCACAGGAUCCAGUACUGUGCAGUGUGACUGUAGGUGUUUCUCAUUUUGAGAGAUCUGCCCUUUGGGUUCAAGUCUUAUACUACCCAUUCUAUGGUAGUGGUGCCUCUGGGGCUUAUGAAGGUGAUUACGCUGAAGAAGAUCCACAGAUAAUGAGACAAAAAAGAAGUUUAAGACCAGAAUUAGGAGAACCUGUCAUAUUGAGGUGUCAACCAUACAAGAUUCCAUUAACUGAGCUUCUUCUGCCCCACAAAAUUUCUCCUGUUGAGUUUUUCCGACUCUGGCCUAGUUUACCAGCUAUUGUAGAGUACACUGGUACGUAUACUUAUGAGGGAAGUGGUUUCAAAGCUACUGCUGCACAACAAUAUGGUGCGUCUCCUUUUUUGAGUGGGCUUAAAUCGCUGUCAACCAAGCCAUUUCAUAGAGUUUGUUCGCAUAUCAUUCGGACAGUUGCAGGAUUUCAGCUUUGUUUCGCAGCAAAAACUUGGUACGGAGGAUUUUUAGGUUUGAUGAUAUUUGGAGCCAGCGAAGUGAGUAGGAAUGUGGAUCUUGGUGAUGAGACAACAACCAUGAUAUGCAAAUUUGUGGUUCGAGCUUCUGACGCAUCAAUAACAAAAGAGAUAGGAUCAGAUCUACAAGGCUGGUUAGAUGAUCUCACUGAUGGGGGUGUUGAAUACAUGCCCGAGGACGAAGUGAAAGAGGCAGCUGCCGAGAGACUUAGGAUCUCAAUGGAACGGAUAGCAUUGUUAAAGGCAGCACAACCGAAGGCAAAAAUUCCAAAGGUUGAUGGUGACGAAGAUAGCGAAGAUGAUGAAGAAGAGGAAGACGAGGACAAAAAGAAGGAAAAUAAGGAAAAGAAGAAAGAUGGCGAGGAGGAGGAGGAGAAGAAAAAGGGGCCUUCAACGCUGUCGAAGUUAACCGCAGAGGAAGUCGAGCAUCUUUCUCUUCAAGCUGCGGUGCUUCAGGAGUGGCACAUGCUGUGUAAAGAUAGGGAUGCCAAAGUUAAUUAAGGCCCUUCAAUUCCUAGACGCACAAAGGUUUGGACAUAAUUUUUGGUGUUGCUUGUAUUCUUAUUCUUUUUUUUUCAUUAUUAUAUACGGAUGAAGCAGUAGGUGUUGAAAAUCUCUGAUUUUAGAGUAUAUUUGUGUCUUCAUUUUUUCAAAUGGGAAUUGCCUUGUAUAUUUUGUACGGCUAGUAAUUGAUAUUUCAUGCUGAGAGGUGUUUGUUACAA